UGAGCCGGUUCAAGUCAGACUGAGCGACCGGCAGCCAGAGAUGGAGGCAGGAAGCCGGGUAUCGUGGGUGAAAUACGGGCCUGUGGUGUCCCUGCUGGUGGUUCUCCUGGCGAUCUGGUUCCGCUCACCCCAGAGUGAUGUGUUGGAAGACCGGCUUGACACGGUGCUGUCCUCCCUGCUGCGGGCGGAACAGAAAGUAGGCAUGAACGACGUCGCCAGACCGAGAGUGGCUGUCGGAUUUGGAGGUUGUGUUGACCUGAUAGUAGAUGGGGUGACAUUGCUUAAUAAGAUCAGCCUCCCUCUCACGGACCAUCCCCUGCAUCAUGACUACAUAGAAAGCACCGAACAGUUGGCUCAGAGCUUUGCCUACUUCUUUGCACCUGGGGCAGCUGCAGAGCGUUUUAUGCUUAACGACACUCUCUUUAAUGAGCUGGUUGAUGCGUCCCGUGACCUACCUGGGAACAGAUGGGCAGUUGGUGGCAAUGCUCCGGUGAUGGCUGGUCGCAUGGCAACUGAGGGAUGCGAUGUGUUGCUAGGGGGAAGCUUCAGCCCGGACUUUGUAGAUGUCCUGUCCCAGCACAUCUCAGUGGCAGGCAACAUUGUUGAAGAGCCGGACAUUCACCUGAUCCUCGAGUAUCCAUCUGGAGCGAAAUGGGGAAACUACACCUCCCGAAGAGCCAACAGAUAUAUCGUCCACAGUGAUGACCACAACCCCUACCUGGCAUCCAUGGAGGAGUUUGCUGAGAAACUUGAAGACUUCCAACCAGAUCUGGUGGUGGUGGGCGGGCUGCAAAUGAUGGAUAACUUCCCCUUCCAGUCAGGUGAGCGUGAAGCGCUCCUCUCCCGCCUGGCCGACCUGCUGUCCUCCUCGUCUCCUCAGAUCGGCAUCCAUUUUGAGAUGGCCAGUUUUGUUGAAGAGAGUAUAAUGGAAGACCUGCUUCACUACGUCAUUCCUCAUGCGGACUCAAUGGGGAUGAAUGAGCAGGAGCUUCCCAACCUGCUCAGCCUGCUGAAAGGCUCCAACAUCACCGUGUUGUCAGACCCAAACCCUCGUGUGGCUACUGUCCUUGACCAGAUGAGGGAGGUCUAUCGCAUUCUGAACCAGCGCCACAAGGAUGCAAAUGAUGCUGUUCCAGAAAGUGACACAGACGGUGCAGAAGCUGGCGGUAAGUCUCUGACCCGGCUCCACGUCCACACGCUGGCCUUUCAGGCCAUGAUCGUGACCCAUGGCUCUCAGUGGAAGAACACCAUGUCAGCCACGGCCAAGGCGUCUCUCACUGCUAACCGCCAUGUCUGUGGCUCGGAUGACAUUGACCCCGGCAAGGCAAGGCUCAUCAUGGAUGACUCGUUCUCUGUCAGCCGACGAGAAGGCAGCCAGCGUAUCCCUCUGCAGGAGACCAGGCCUGUCAGCUGCUGGGAUGAGGAGGAUUAUGAGAUCUGCGUGGCGCCCGUGCUGGUGUGCACUGAGGUUUACCAAACUGCAGGUGGAGGGGACAACGUCUCAGCUGCUGGCCUUGUGCUGCAGAUCUAAACACAGACACUAAUUGUCUAUCUGUGUGAAUAAUGCUGAUAUUUCUUUGCAACAACGUGACUCUGGAAACUUGGUCUUGGUAUGAUGCAGAAUAGUCUUGGCAAACACAAGUGCUGAUUGUGAAAGGAACCAGGCUAAUGCUAUCACACUAUCAGCUCAUGGCCUAGGUGGAUCAUUAGGGAAAUGGAUUAUCACUCUUGGGAGUUAAAUGAUGGGGCACAGUUGUUAUUAAUCAGUUUAAACCACCAUGUUUUAAAUUAAAUAGCUCACUGUUGAUUUGUUUUGUAGGAGCUACAAAAAAAAAUUACCAAAAAAUGACAGUUUUGUUAACGGGUAAGGGUGUGUAUACUUUGAUCAGAUUGAUACAUACUGUAUAGUAUGUAUUCCUAGUGCAAAGCCCUCAGGUAUCCAGUUUAUUUGAUUUUUAGAAUGAGCAGACACUGCUCUGUUUUUUCACAAACCCACCAUCAUUCUUUAAUAAGCCUGUUCUAUUUCUCUGAGGCCUUCAGUCAGGAUGACAGAAAGAGGGAUGAGGUUUGCAUAAAGUCAUACAGAUACUUUCAUAUAGCCGCACUAGGUAGCUCAAGGAUUUUUUAAAUAACGUGUCAAGACAUUAAAUGCAUCAUAUCUGCUGUGUUUUCAGAGCAGAACACUGCAGGGCUGCUUUUCUUCUGUUCUAAGAAACCCUGUGUGCUUUCAAACAUGUGACUCUACUAUGCAGUAGACAUAUCCAAAAGCUGAAUCUUUGGUUUCUUGGCUGCAUGUUUAUUGGAUGUUGUUCUGUACUUAAAGUGGAAGGGUCCAACCAAUUAACAAGCCUUUUGAUCUCUCCUGCCCUGUAGCAAGUGCAGUUAAAGAAGAGCUUGUCUAAAGCUGAGAAGUUAAACACAUCUGAUCCGUUUUAACGACAAGAUUUUGUCCUUUCCUCUUCCCUUUCCUGUCUUUAAAAGUAGAAAGCUGGAAAGGUCAUCACCUCUUGCCCUACCCAGUAUACAUUAAUGUGAAAAAUGUCCUAUUGUUUUGGGUGCGUUUGACUUGUUGUAAGAUUUUCAUUCCUCUGUGUCCGUGGCAGUGCAAUAAUGCAAAAACUAAGUUAAGAGACCACUGUAGGUAGCUGGGUAUGAUGUCACAAAGUUCUUCUCUACCUCCGUGCUGUUUCUUCCUCUUCGUGUUGUUUCCCAUGUUUCUUUGAAAUGUUUCUAUCAUGUGUAACAUUUCUUCUUGUGUUUGUUAAUGUUUUCAGGACCAAAUAACAAGUGUGUACUGCCCCAGUCAAGGCUGCUGUAAAGGGGAAGUUAUUGGCAGACAGUUCUCACACUUGCACAUGAUAUGGCUUGAUAUCAUGGAACAUGAUCUCACCACUAGUUUUAGAUUUUUCUUCAUGACCAACACUAUCAUCACACUCCCAUUUAUCUCUUUUCAGAAUCUGAAUCACGUUCUUUGAAACUGUAUUUACAGAAGCAACUGGAUUUGACUGGGAAUGAUGCAAAUUAUAAUUUUUGUCACUUUGUCCAAAUCGAACAUUCCUGCAGAGACCAAGCUUCAGUUACUUUCUCCAUUCAGACUCAAGUUUGUUUUUUGUGAUUUUUUUUUUUUUUUUUUUUUUUUACUGUUUCCUAAAACUUGUUUGUUAAACUCCCUUUCAGUGAGAAACACAUUAUUCAUGUUACAAUUCAACAGUGAGGUCAAAGAAAAGUCUGAUAGAAAAGGAAUCCCUUUUAAGUAUGUUUUAAGACUUUACUGAUUUGAUGCUGUUGUUUGAGGAUGCUGAAGACAAAUGAGCCACUUUCUGUCUUGGUGAGUGAAAAGGGAACGUUUAAUACAGACCUUUCCAAUUACUGAAGGGUUGUGUUAUAUUUUCUCAUGUCCGAUUUGAAGCUGAGAGUAAUGGGUCGUGUUUUUACUGUGAAAUAGGCACAAAAUGUAGAGAUUCCUCCAUUCAUAUUUGGAUGAGACCUCAGCAUGAAUUCAUGCUUCUAUAGAGAAUGUUUGUGUUUGCUACUAUAUCAUUCUCACUUUAAUCUCUCCAAGAACUCAUGUCGCUCAUGUUCCAAAGCUGUGUUCAAUGUGUCAUGCAUGUUUAUGAUUCAAUGCAAAAUCACCAGAGAUAAACUGCUAUGCUGAUGAAGCAACCA